AUGCAAUCUGAAAUAGCGAGGUCUGUCCAAGUUGUGUCUACCGGUGAAGGGGACAAAGGAACUUCGUUGCAACUUGUGGAGUCUGCUCUUUCCGAAGUUCUUUUGAACCCAGUCAUAAGAAAUAAGAAAGUUGUGGUUGUUUCAGUUGUCGGUACAUUUCGUAAAGGAAAGUCAUUUCUUCUCGAUUUUUUCCUGCGUUAUAUGUAUUCAAAAGACAAAACUAAUUGGCUUGGCGAUCCAAACGAACCACUAACUGGGUUUCAUUGGCGUGGGGGCGCCGACCGCGACACAACUGGCAUCCAUAUGUGGAGUGAGGUUUUCCUCGUAAAGCUUUCUUCCGGGGAAGAAGUAGCCGUGAUUUUUCUAGAUACACAGGGCUCAUUCGACUGUAGAGCUAAUAUGAAGCAAUCGGCUACCAUCUUCGCUUUGAGCACUAUGCUCAGCAGCAAAGAAAUAUUCAAUAUCAAAGACAAUUUACAAGAGGAUUAUUUGCAACAUCUUCAAUUUUUUACGGAAUACGGGAGGAUUGCACUGGAGGCCGGAUAUGCCCAAACACCUUUUCAGCACCUUGAGUUCCUUGUCCGUGACUGGGCUUUCGCGUACGAGCUCCCUUAUGGAACUAAAGGUGGUAUGGAACUUCUCAAUAAACGCCUUCAGGUUGAUGAGCACACGCCAAAAGAGAAUGCCUUAUUGCGUACCCACAUUAAAUCGUGUUUCGCUGAUCUCCAGUGCUAUCUGAUGCCGCACCCAGGUCUAAUCGUGGCUGGGAGUCCUACUUUUAACGGUCGUCUUGCUGACAUUGAGCCGACAUUCAUAGAACAACUAAAAGAUUACGUCCCUCACGUCCUUUCGCCUUCGAAUCUCUCUGUAAAGACUAUCAACGGGCAGCCUGUGACCUGUUGUGAGCUGCUGGAGUACUUCCGAGCCUACAUGAAAAUAUUUCAGAGUGAUGAAUUGCCCGAACCGGUCUCAAUGUAUGCUGCCACCGCUGAAGUUAACAACUUGAAUGCUUGCAAUCGAAGCCGUAAUCUCUAUGUUCAAGAAAUGAACGAAGUUUGUGGGCCUCGUCAGCCGUUCGUAUCACCCCGGAUGGUUGACGCCGCGCACAUCCGGUCUCAGCAAAAGGCGUUGGAGGAGUUCAAAAAGGCACCAAAAAUGGGUGGGGAGGACUUAGCCGCAGAUUUCGAGAAACGGCUUAUUCAGGAAAUCGACACACUAUACGAAAACUACAAAAUGUCUAAUCAGAAUAAAAAUGCCGUUGAACACUUCAAGACCCCCAUGGUUCUUCUGAUAACAAUAUUUUGUUUCUACGUAAUAACGGGUCUUCUCGAUACAGUGGGUCUUUCCGCAGUCUCCAACGUUCUUCUUUUUCCUUUCUGGUCGCUGCUGCUUGCUCUUGGCACGUGGAUGUUCGUUCGAUUCACUGGCAACGGACCAGAAAUUGGGGAACACAUUGACCGCAUCGCCCAAGGCAUCGCCGAUAAAGUGAGCAUAAUUUAUUCUACAUUUCACUAUUAUCACUGGCAUUUUCGAACAAUGGAGUAA